AUGCAGCUUGUUGGGUUAGCGCUGGCGUUGGCCGGUCUGGCGGCUGGUGAGGCCCUCAAGAAGCUGGAUACGAGUCUCACGAUCCUCGUCCACAAUGACCUCCAAGGAACUGCAAACCCAGACGCAGACUCAGCCGUGAUUCUCACCGACGCCGGCACGCGCGACGACAUCACCCACGUCUGCGACAAGCUAGGCGAGACCCUCUGGUCGUCUAAAGGGAACAACGGCAAGGGCAAGGGCAAGGGCAAACCUGCGCCAGCCUCUGUGCCGUUUGCCGAUUACCUUCAGUAUGACGGGCGGGCUAGCAAGUCGUCGAAAUUCUGGGUUUCGUCAGGACCUGGCCAGGACGCGGUCGACAUUGCUGGGAAGACGGUCAAGGGGUCAGCCAAAUCGCGGUUCCCUGGGUUUUGCACCAACUCUGCGCCGUUUUCGAAUCAGAGUGGCCAGGAUACUGGCAAGCGGUGGCAGGUUAGUUUGGAUGUGAAUGGUCAGACUUUGACAGGGUUCCGCGACCGUCUGUCGUUUCGGUUCCUGGGCAUUCGCUACGCCAAGCAGCCCGAGAGGUUUACCUAUCCCACCCUGUUCAAGGGCUCCGGAGAGGACGCCUCAGCUCUCGAGUACGGCUCUCAGUGCAUACAGUUCGGCACUGGAAGCGAGGACUGCCUGUUCCUGAAUGUAUGGACGCCCCAUCUUCCGAACCCCAACACCCGGACGCCUAAGAAGAAGCUCCUCCCCGUCGGUCUAUGGAUUCACGGCGGUGCGUUCACGGGUGGCACGGCCAACGACCCGACGUUUGACGGCGCCAACAUCGUCUCGCGCGGCGACAUGGUGCUGGUAGCCAUCAACUACCGCCUGCUAGCCUUUGGGUUCCUGGCUCUCAAGGACGGCAAGACGAACGGCAACUUCGGCCUGGCCGACCAGAUCACGGCGCUGGGCUGGGUCCGCGAGCACAUCCACAACUUUGGCGGCGACAAGGACCGCAUCACUGUGUUUGGGCAGUCUGCCGGUGCCGGCUCCGUCCGCGCGCUGAUCGCAUCGCCCAAGGCUGUCGGGAAGUUCUCGGGGGCUAUCAUGCUUAGUAACUUGGGAGGUAUCAACUACGGGACAACCUACUCGGAGUACUACACCAUCGAUGAGCAAGUCGACGUAGCCGCCAAACCACUCCUCGCCGCCUUCAACUGCACCGGCCCUGCUACUUCCCAAGCCGACUGCCUCCGUGCCAUCCCGGCCUCCGACCUCAGCCAAAACGGCAACGUGCGCUACCUCGUAGUCGACGGCACCUACCUCACCACCCCACACCUCCCCGUCACCGCCGGCGGCCCCCUCCCCCUCAAACUAAUGAUGGGCACCACGGCCGAGGACGGCGCGCCCUUCCUCACCUUCCCAACCACCACCAACAAAACAGCCUACCUCACCUCCUCCGGCUUCGACGUCCCCUCCGCCCAACUCUUCCCCAUCACCCCAACCACCCCCCAAAACGACACCCUCAGCCUCUACAACACCGCCUCCCGUCUCGCAACAGACGGUAUCUUCCGCUGCAUCGACACGGCCACCGCCUCCUCCCUGCUCCACCACAACCGCCUCAAAGAAAUCUACUACUACGAGUUCGACCGGACGUACCAAACCAAGGGCUGGCCGGGCACCGACGUCUGCGAUGCGCCCCGUUCCGCCACACACCCAGAGGGUGAUCCGAGCAAGCCGUAUCUGAGGUGUCAUAGUGGGGAGUUGUAUUACGUAUUCGGGAACUUGGCACGGCAGGGGUUGCCGGUGAGGGAUGAGGGGGAUUUGGUGUUUGAGCGGUUUGUGUUGGAUAGCUUUGCGGCGUUUGUGCGGACGGGGACGCCGAAUGCGGGGGAGGGGUGGUUGAGGGCUAGGGGGUAUGGGAGUACCCUGGGGGUGGUAAAAGAGACUGGGAGAUGGACGCCGAGCACCAAGGGCGAUUUGACCAUCCGUGUGCUGGACUAUCCCAAGCCGGUCCAGGCUAAGCCGAGGGAGGGGCCGCAGUGUGAGAGUCUUGGUUUGGGGGUCAACUUUUAUGAGAAGUGA